AUGAACGGCAAGAGUAUCGCCUCUGCGGGUGCUGCAGAGCAGGCUCGGCUUCGCGGUGCGGCUUUUCUUGACUCGACUCAGAAAUCGGCUUUUCCGGAGCUCCUGCCUGCGCCAGCCGCGGAAGCUGACGUGGCCUUCCCGUCGGGUCCCUCCGGUGUGGUGAGUCCUGUGUGGGAGUCGAACUCGGGACUUCUAGCAGGCUCUUUACUAGGAGGGUCCUUAACAGGAGCUUUGGCAGACUCGCCGGUUUUAUACGAGGAGCGGUUCGUUGAUCCGUUAUGGAAUCACGGACUGACGUACUCGGUUUAUCCGGCAGAUUAUAAUGCGGACGGCGGAGUUUUCGCGACGGCGGCUGCAGCAGGCGCGGGAGAGGAUGCGGGGGAAGACUAUAACGGGGAUGCUGUGGACGUGCCGCGAAUCGACUCAUCGGCGCAUAUUAACGAUCUUAUAGCGCAGUACUCUCGAGCAGACGUUGUCGCAGCGGCUGACGCGGCGGAAGCGACGGCGGCGGCGACUCUCGUUUUUCCGUCUGACGACGCAUCCGCAUCUCGCGGAUUCCCGUUCUCCUUCCGUCAGCCGCGAUUUGACGGGCCAUCUGGUUCCGCCAGCGCUGGCGGCGCUGCCGUCUGGUUGGAAAACUCGGCUGCGCGCUCCGACAAAUUCUUACUGUCGGGGCCGCGUCUGAAUUCUGAUUCUCGUGAUUGGAUUGUCGCGGCGCCGUACGACCGCUUUAAUCGGCUUCCGGGAGUCGCGGAGGAGGUUGACGAGCCGCGGGAAUCAGGGCCCCAGGAAAGUGACACGUGGGAGGUGCUGCGGGCAGGCAAGCGUCUGCGGACGGGCAAGGAAGCGCAGCGGGCAGAUUCACGGGCAGACGAUACAUCGCGGGCAGAGGUCGAGACUCCAGGAGUGAAGGAGACGAAGCGUGACGCGGAGGGGAUCGUAGCGGGAGAGAAGGAGAAGGACCCUGCUGGUGCAACGACAGGUGCUGCAGAUGCAGAGACGAGCCUCGUGUCGGGAAGCCUUGCAGCGGGAUUGCUCGCUGGUUGGGCCCACGCGACGGCUGUAGCGGAGUUGCCGGCUGCAGCAGACGCUGUUGCUGACUUGCCGGCUGUAGCGCUGGAUGUCACCUCGACGCCGUACCACACGCCACACAUGACGCCGUAUCACACGCCGGAGCGCCACGUGGGUGCUGACCUGGCGGGUCUCCAGGCGGCGCAGGGAAUGCCGGACGCGUGUGCUGCUGGCACGGAACUUCCUGCUGACGUGGCGCAUCCAGGGACGGGGGUUGCUGAGUUGGGUUUGCUGGAGGACACGUGGCAGGUUUCUAGCAGCACGAAGCAUGCGAUGAGGGAGUGGCUUGAAACGUGGGUGCUGGAGGAGCUGGAAGGGGCAGGAGAAGAGGAGGGGGUGGAAAAGAAAUACGAUCUUGAGGACUAUAUGGAGGAGGCUUUUAGCGAGGAUGAGGGUCUGCAGGUCCUGGUGCGAGCGGAUUCCCAUGAGAGCUCCACUGCUGCGCCAUCUGUAUACAGUCCGUGGUCCAGAGUGGUGGAGAGUGGUGUUAGAGCUGCAGAGGAGGGGGAGACACAGGUAGUUAAGAAGCAGCAGCAGGAGGAGGAGGGGAACGGGAAGCAGCAGCAGCAGGAUGUGCCAUCUGCAUGGAUGAACGGCUGUGAUUCGAUUGGUCUGGGCCUUGAGUAUGCAGCAGUGGAGGAAUCGGAAGGAGGAGGUGAGCAAGGGGAGGACGUGGCUGAUGUGGCGAUUGGAGAAGCUUCUGGGAAAGAUUCGGUGUCGCUUGCAUGGAGGGAGGAGCAGGAGGAUGAAGGGCAGGAGGAGGAAGAGGAGAGGGUUGGGGAGUCAGCAGCUGUGGGGAGUUCUGAUGCAGAUGAUGGAGCAGAUUUUGAUUCUGGUUCUGAUACUGCUGGUGAUGCUGAUGCUGCUGGUGAUGGUGAUGGUUCUGAGGAUGGUGCAGGGUGUGAACCUGAUGGGUUCAGUUUUGAUGAGAGCAGUUUUGGUCGAGAGAUUGAGGCUCAGCUGCUGGCUUGA